AUGCGCGCAGCUCAUAAAUUGCCAGAUCAUUGGGAAGACCUGUGUGAAAAAGUGUUGUUUCAUAUUGCAUAUGCAAUCAAAGAGGAAGACAUACCAGCCUCACUUUAUGUGAACACAGACCAAACUCAAGUCAUCUACGCACAGGGAUCUAGCUUAACAUGGACGAAACGUGGUGCUAUGCAGGUGUCAACCAUUGGUGAGGACGAAAAAUGUGCCUUCACAGCCGUUGUGUCUAUUGCAUGCUCAGGGAAGAUGCUACCACUACAGAUGGUCUAUGAGGGUGCCACUACAAAAUCUUGUCCACGCCCAACAGCAUCGCACUAUGAUGAUUGCAUUAGUGAAGGGUUUUGUUUCGAAUUCUCGAAGACCGACACUUACUGGUCAACUCACGAGACCAUGGAGUCACUUGUGAACAAUAUUAUCGCACCCUACUUCAAGCAAGAGAAGGUUGCCCUUGGCCUGCCUCCCUCACAAAAAGCAAUCUGGCAGAUAGACCUGUGGUCAGUGCACUGCUCAGCGAAGUUUCGAAAUUGGAUGAAAAUACACCAUCCAACAAUAAUUCUGGACUAUGUACCUGGUGGAUGCACAGGGAGCCCCUUCAGUGACUUGACCCUAUAG